CCGUGGGGUAGCGCCAGAUUGACGGAAUCUGGGGUGAGCUAAUCUAUGCUGGCUCGAUAUUGCGUAUAAAGCGAACCCCAGAGCGACGCAGGCCUCUUACAUUCUUCAUUUUCCACCCUCAAUAUCAGAAACCAUGAAGCACAGCUCCGAUCACGUUGAGCAACAGCCCCCAGCAGAUGCAGAGGGAGAUCCAUCGGGAGGCCGGGCCCCCCAGGCUAUUGCCAGCCCUUUACCUCUAGGACUGCUGUCUUUUGCAACUGGCAUUUUUCUGAUCGCGGUCUUCGACCUCAACGCCCGUUCCAUUACCACUCCUAAUAUUCUUAUUGGGGUGCUCAUGUUCUUCGGCGGCGUGUGCCAAUUUAUCGCUGGCGUCCUCGAAUUUUUCAAUGGGAAUACCUUUCCCGCGACUUUGUUUUCCUCAUACGCUGCCUUUAACUUCUCAUAUGCCAUGAUUUUCCUCCCAGGAUCAGGAAUAAUGGCCGCGUACACGGAUCCAGCAACAGGAGAGCUGCGUGACGAGUUUCACCAGGCUUUGGCAAUGUUUCUUUUCGCCUGGUUUAUAGUCACUGUCAUCUUCUCCAUCGGGGCGAUGCGUACUUCCUGGGUUCUGUUCGUGGAUCUUGUCUGCCUGUCCGUUUGCUUGUUAUGCAUUGCCUGUGGCAAUAUGGUUGGUAAUGAUGCGCUUCUCAAGGCUGGGUACUCGAUGGGACUGGUCGUUUCCUUUCUCUCUUACUACGCCGGGUGUGCUGGGCUUUGGGCCGGCAAUACGACACCUAUUCGCCUCCCAACCUUUGACAUGAACGCGCGAACCCAGGACGUUUAAAUACGCUCUUUUUGGCCUAAUUGCCCCGUCAGAACCUCUGAUCGGUGGGUCGUAAUUUAUUCAUUACUGCUGUGACCGAUUUCUCAAGAGAUGGACAUCCGGUGGUUACUACGUAUGGCAGACAGUCUCUUGUUAAAUAGGCAUAAAACGUCAUAUAUUAAAGUCAUUGUUGAUUGCGUCUCUACCUAGUCGAGCAUUAUCC